CAUGAUACAGUUAUUAGAUAAAAAUAGAAAUGCAAUGUUUAAAAUAUCGUGGAAUAAAGUAAUAAUACUAAGCCGGAAAAAUAAACAAUCGAAAUUCAAGGAUUAAAAUAUACUCUCUGUACCAAAGGCUUGUAUUUUUGCCUGUACGAAUCCGAAAUUUACUUUUUAAAUCUAAAUAUUAAGUAACAGUUACGUUUGAAUUUCCAAGUACUAAACCUAAAGAACAGCAAGAUCUUCGAUGUACGGGUAUGUAAUUUAAAGUUUUUAACGAUAAAAUCAAACAAUACACUUCAACAGUAAUGAAAUUCGCUGUCUGUACGAUAAUUCUUACAUUUGUGAUAGUGACAGUAUAUUUAGUUUCUGCGCGAAAUAAUUAUAACAGACAUGGAAGAUAUAGAAACACUGCAUUCACCAGAAGGGUUCACAGAUACUUAAAUCCAUUUGGCAGACUUCCCUGUAAACAUCACUUCUGGAUGAAUCCUUUUUAUAGCAUUCUCCACAAUAUUAAAAGACGAAGAAAGCGUCCAAGAAAAGUAAAAAUCCUCACUACCACGAAAACUCCCACAACGACUAUUACCGAAAUAAUUACAUCGAUUACUACAAAAACGCGAAAACCAACGACUACAAUUUCUGAAACAACAACAACGACAGAAAUUCCUACAACGACUACUACAAAAUUGCCUACUACAACGACAACAACAGAAAUUCCAACAACAACAACAGAAAUUCCUACAACGACUACGACAGAAUUGCCUACUACAACGACAGAAUUGCCUACUACAACGACGACAACAACAGAAAUUCCAACAACAACAACAGAAAUUCCUACAACGACUACGACAAAAUCGCCUACUACAACAACGACUACGAACAACAACAACAAAUUGCCAACAAAGACAACAACAGAAAUUCCAACAACAACGACAACAACAGAAAUUCCAACAACAACAACAACAACAGAAAUUCCUACAACGACUACGACAGAAUUGCCCUACAACAGAAUUGCCUACUACAACGACAACAACAGAGAUUCCAACAACGACAACAACAGAAACUCCUACAACGACAACAGAAUUUUCAACAACGACUACGACAACAGAGAUUCCGACAACGACCACCACAGAAAUUCCAACAACGACAACAACAGAAAUUCCAAGAACAACAACAACAACAACAGAAACUCCUACAACGACAACAGAAAUUCCAACGACGACAACAACAACAGAAAUUCCUACCACGACUACAACAAAAUCUCCUACUACUACAACGACAACAGAGAUUCCAACGACGACCACUACAGAAAUUCCAACAACGACAACAACAGAAAUUGCAACGGAAAUUCCUACAACGACAACAACGGAAAUUCCUACAACAACAACAACAGAAAUUCCAACGACGACAACAACAACAGAAAUUUCUACAACGACUACGACAGAAUCGCCUACUACAACGACAACUACAGAAAUUCCUACCACGACUACGACAAAAUCGCCUACUACAACGACAACAACAACGGAAAUUCCUACAACGACAACAACGGAAAUUCUUACAACGACAACAACGGAAAUCCCUACAACGACAACAACGGAAAUUCCUACCACGACUACGACAGAAUCUCCUACAACAACUGCAUCAUCUACCACAUCAGCUACUACAACAGAAGCGCAAUCGGACCUAGAUUUACUUUUUCAUUUCGUACUAUUUGUUUUAACUUGUCUUUUUAUGAAGUCAGGCAACAAAUACCGAAAUUACGAAAAAUAUUUAUCGCGGCUCCAAACACGUUGCAUUUAGAUACAGAUGAAAAAAUUGCAAUCGUAGCAAACGGUGUUGGAAAUAACGAAGAACUACAAGUCUAUCUUCAAGAUUAUCCUAGUAAAAUUAACGUCAUUUCUUCAUCUAAAGUAACAGUUACAAAUGUUUUAGUUAUGCAGUGCAAUCAUGACGCUCCUCAGGGAGUGUUAGCAGACCCACCGCAGAUUGACCAGCCCACAACACCUAUGUCAGACGCAGAGCCUACAAUUGCAGAAGUAAAGGCAGCCAUUGGAUCGCUGAACAUUGGCAAAGCUGCUGGACUGGAUCUGAUCACUGCAGAAGCGAUCAAGGCUGGUGGUGACAUCCUUCAUCAUCGUCUUUAUCUACUCAUUAAAACAAUAUGGCACACAGAACAAAUACCAGCCAUCUGGAAGAAAGCUAUCAUCGUGCCAAUCCAUAAGAAAGGCGAUAGCCGGGAUUGCAGUAAUUAUCGCAGUAUCAGUCUCCUUUCCAUCGUUGGCAAAGUAUUUAUGAAGAUAAUCCAAUCAAGGUUACAAAAACACCGUGAAGAAACCAGCCGAGAAGAACAGGCAGGGUUCCGUCCUUUUCGCUGA